CAAAAGCCGCCAUUUCCAAAAACCCUCUCUUCUCUCAGCUAUUUUUACUUUUUUUUUUUUAACGAGAUUUUAUUUCUAGAGAGAGAGAAAGCUCAGUGAUUUUCAGAUAAAUUUAUUGUACGAGGAAGUGUUUCAGAGAGAGAUGCCAAAACCACAUCGUGCUGGAGUUUAGCGAGGGAGAGAUAGAGAUUCGAAUUCUAACUCUUGAAUGAGAUAGCAAUGGAAUUUUGGUGCAUUGUCAAUGUAGGUCAUAUUCGGAUUAUUCAGAAUUUUUUCCUCAAACUCUUUGCUUGCAAUUAAAAUGAAAUCAAGGACUGAUGGUGCAUCUAGAGGUCAGAAGGCCAAGAGUAUACAGGGCGAGGGGCCAAAUUGGAUACUUAUUGCUGGUGGAGCCUUGUUAAGUACAUUGUCAAUUCGUCUUGGUUAUAAGUUGAAGCAGACACUUGACUCCAAGCAACAGGCAAAUGCUGAUAAUGCUCUGAAAGGUAGCGGAAAAUCUUCUGGCAGGAGGAGGUCACCGAGUCACCAUUUGCAUACAAACAUGUAUUCCUUUGCGCAAGAUGAUGAUGGUUGCUUCAACUGCAUUUCAGGAACUGAGGGCAUGAUGGAGAUGAAGCACCAAGCAAAUUCCCAGAUUCUGUCUGAAACUGAUGGUUCUCUCCCUCUGGUGACAGUACCUGUUCCUGAAUUUGCUAAGGAGAAUGGGGUUAUAUGGGCAUCAUCUCCUGAUCGCCUUGAGUUGCCUCCAAAGCCGUUCCAUCAUUCAAACUGCUCAGACUCACCAUGUGUCUCAGAAUCUGGCUCUGAUAUCUUCAGCAAAAGAGAAGUUAUACACAAGCUAAGGCAACAACUGAAGAGAAGAGAUGAUAUGAUACUUGAGAUGCAAGAUCAGAUUAUGGAGUUGCAGAAUUCCCUCAACGCUCAGCUUGGUCUGUCUACUAAUUUGCAGUCACAGCUUGAUGCUGCAAAUAGGGACUUGUUUGAUUCUGAGAGAGAAAUCCAGAGGCUGAGAAAGGCGAUUGCAGAUCAUUGUGCCGGACAAGUGGGCACCAAUGACAAGCCAUCAAGGGUCACAAGUUGGCCAACUGAUGCAAGAAAUGGUCAUGCAAAUGUUUACACUGAUGGGGAGAGCAAUUUUGAAUUUCCGGAAAAGGGAAAGGGAGAUUGGGAGAGGAUUGACAUGCUGAAAAGGGAAGUUGGAGAGUUGAAGGAAGUAAUAGAAGGUAAAGAGUAUUUGUUGCAGAGCUACAAGGAGCAGAAGACAGAGUUAUCUAUGAAGAUCAAGGACUUGCAGCAGAGAUUGGAUUCCCAUGUCCCUAAUAUUUUGUAGGUACGUUUAGGUUUGUGAAUUCUUUUUUUCUUUGAUUCAAGGUCCAGAAAAUGAAAAAGGAUUAAAAAAAUUGGGAGAAGCUUCUUUUUUUUUUCCUUUCCUUCAUCAAAAUCCUUAGUUUAGUUUUACUGUUCAAUGCAUGGUUCGUGUUAUUGUUCAUGUGAGAUCGAGAGAAAGAAAGAAGAGGCAAAAGCAAAGAAGUGGGAUGAUUACUUAUGACAUUGGCUUUGGCUUGUAGUUUGACUCAAUGGCUUUGCGAAUGCCUCCUAGUUUGCACCAAUUUGAAAGAAAGUUUCCACAAAU